GUCCAACAAUAUGCGAGGUUUAUUUCUAAUAACAAAAACAAAAUUUCGUCUCCCCACCACUAAACGUUGUGUUCAUUUUAUAUCAACGAUGAAACCUUUCCGUAGUCAAAAUAGAAAUCACAGUACAAUUAAAUUACGGAGUUAAUCUCAGGGAAAUUUUAUUUAUGAUCUCUUUUCUGGGUUAAGCUGCAUUUUGCCAAAUAGGAAUAUAAUUUGUUUUUUAAUAGCCAGUCAAUCGCAUCUUCUGACGAUUAUCUUCAGAAGAUGAGUCAAAACCGAAGCAGAAAGAGCGAUAAAUCGUCAACGUCUUCAUCCGAUACGUCAAUAGAAAAGGGGCUGCCUCAAAUUAAAUCUCAAAAGACGGAGGAAGUAUACUCCUGUUUCCGCAAAGAGCUCACGUCCAUUUUUAGUUCAGCUCCAUCGCCAUCAGUCCGCAAAACUCUUGAAGGCCAACACAAAAUGAUAGCCGGAUACUACCUCAAAGAAACUGAAUGUCAAAUCAUUGCUUAUAAAACAAAAAACGAUAACUGUGAUGACUUUGAAAAUUCCCAGAAACCUAAAUUUGAGCCAAGCCCAAGAAUUCUGGCUGAAAAGUUGGAUAAAAUGAAACGUUCAAUUACUGCUGAAAAAUUUGCGUCUCAGAAGAAAAACAACCCAUUGUCAAUGCCAAUAAACCCGAAUCACUAUUUGAGCCCGAGAAAAGAAAAGUUUUUAUCGAGCAGGACUGAACAAACUUUUCACAAAGAGAGAAUUUUAGAUUACAAAAUUCACCAUUUCAGUAUUCAAGAUUUCAAAGUGAAACAACUUCCAGAGUCUUUGAUUCAAAACGAUACCAAAGAAAUUAGUUCAAGUUUACAAAAUAACAAAAAACCUACAAUUUUCAAACCUUCAAACCAGUUUCCACCAAUUAAUACCUCGAGUCGCCACAAAUUAAGUUCAUCAAAUGACGUGAACCGAUUUUAUAUUCCGCUGGAUAAUGUUUCGAAACUGAAGUACACCGAAAAACAGAUGAAAUUUAAAAAAUUGACCGAUUUUGAGAAAUACGAUGAAAUGAGAUUACAAUUGAAAUCGCCGAGAAGAAAAGAACGCUUAUCCUCUCCAAAAAUUUUGAAAUUUCCUGAAAAACCAAGAAAAACUGAAAAAGAAAGCAAUCAAAAGGCUGAAAAUGAUAUACGAACCACUAGAAAUUCAAAAAUCAGCGUAGUGAAGUUGCCUAAACUUGGUCAACACGAUUUGCCGAAUUUCACAAGCGAAGAUAGUUCUGAGGUCAGGAAAAAAGAGAAAAAGGAAAGUGCAACUAGCGACUAUUCUUCGAGUAGAAACUUUGAAAGCUCGGCGUUGGUUGAUGAUAAUCUUUUGACAUCAAGUUGCAAUACAUCACCAACCGACGAAGCACCAAGCCGAAAUGAAGAUUAUGCAGAAAAACUGGAAUUAUUUUCACGGUCUCUUGAAAGCAAAGAAAACACGCCUAUUGAUAUUGUUCCUUUAUUGGCGAUUGAAAAAAAUCAAAACUUAGAAAGCGGAGCUAAUCAAAUAUUCACCGACGGAAACAAAAAUCUACUUGUGAAUGAAAUCUCCAGUGAAUCAAAAGAUGAAACCAAUCAAAAAGUAUGCAAUGAAAAAAGUCAGAAUGCGUCCAUGGAGAAUGAUGAAAUUUUAAUCAAUUCAAACUGUGAGAAAAUGGGAAAGGCUAAUGGAAACGAUCAGAAGUUAGUUCCGAAAUCAGAAAAGAAAAACCCUGAUCAGAAAAAAGGCAAUAAAUUUGAUCAUAAAACAUUAAAGGAUCGAAACCAGAAUUUAGCCAAUGAAAAUGAUCAGACAGUAGCCAAUGAAAAUGAUCAGACGCUAGCCAAUGAAAAUGAUCAGACGCUAGCCAAUGAAAAAGAUCAGUCGCUAGCCAAUGAAAAAGAUCAGUCGCUAGCCAAUGAAAAUGAUCAGACAGUAGCCAAUGAAAAUGAUCAGACGCUAGCCAAUGAAAUUGCUCAAACGCUAGCCAAUGAAAAUGAUCGGACACUAGUCAAGGAAAGUGAUCAGACGCUAGUGAAUGAAACUCAUCAGACAGAAACCAAUGAAUGCAAUCGAAAGUUAUCCAAUGAAAGCUGUCAAAAACAUACCAAUUUGAAAAAUCACACAACUCACGAUCAAAGCAAUCAGAGUUCAACCAAUGGAAGCCUUAGUGGUGAAGAAGGAAACAAUGGGACUAAUGCGAAAUUGAAAAACCAAUUGAGCAAAGAUGACUCAUUUGAACUUAGGAAGGAAGAGCGUAAAAGUGUGGCUUCUCUAGCAGUUGGCUCUUUCACACGUACUACUACACCGGGGCCUAUCUUAGGCGCUGACGCUCUGUUUCCAGAAUUUUAA